CCCUAAUUGUACCUGUGGUUUUUAUUUCUAUACGUCUUCAGUCCACAAACAAUUUUCACGCUUCGCCUGCUACAGCCUACAGGCUAGCACAGUCUCCUUCAUGACAGCUACCGCACACAGCACCAUGUCUGACGAAGAAAUUUCAGCAGUGUCUAGAGAAGUGCCAUAUGUUGCUCAACGAAGUAUCUCGAACACGGCAACAGUAAUCGACAUUGGAGGAAGUAGUGGAAAUACGAGUUGUAAGAUGUGUCACAAUGGCUGCAUUAAAUCGCAUUUUUCGUGCUUUGGAGUCUUCUGUGCAAUUGUGUGUUUCCCUUUGGGUCUCCUUUGUCUGUUUUGUACAAAAGAAUACCGGUGUACCAGCUGCGGGGCUUGUGUUUGAGACAGCGAGUGGGCGACACGUCAGCCCUUCCUAUUGUGGCCAUUUUUAAUUUUAAGUUGCUUUAAUGAGUUUCGUUACCACUCAUGCACUCACCAGUUCCAUAUGUUUAGUCGUUCCUCUCCUUACCGGUUUAAAUAAUAUGUCAGUCCCUGUCUCCCCUACGUUCUCUUUUCAAAUUUCUAUCUAAGUGUUUUUAGUUUUUUGUGCCCUAUUUCGUUACCACCAUCAGCUCUUAUUGUUUUCAAAAUCCUGUUUCGUAAGAAAUACAUUUUGUAAUUACGGUUAA